CUUUCUCUCCUUCGCAUCCAUUUACACACACACACACACUCUCUCACAGAACACACAGUAAACACAUUGAAUUGCAGUAACCAUUCUUCCUGAAUCUCUUCCAUUUUUAUCUCCCCAUGUAGUCUCCUCAGAUCUCAUACCCCCUUUAGGCAAAUUCCUAAACCCAAAAAAAAAAAGGGUCUGUAUUUGCUUUUGGGUCUUAUCUUUUAAGGAAAGAAUUUGAGAAUGGUGGUCAAGAUGAUGAGGUGGCGACCAUGGCCACCCCUGCAGACGAGAAAAUACGAGGUCAGAUUGAAAGUACGGAGACUGGAGGGUUCUCUGGCGGUGAUGGGGAACGGCAGCAACAAUAAUGAUUGGGUGCAUGCGUCUUCUGCAGAUAAAGAAGGUGGUGGGGCCGCUCCACCGGGAUUCACGGUGGAGAUCAGGUGGAAGGGACCCAAGAUCGCCCUCAGCACUUUCAGGAGGAGCACUGUUAAGAAGAACUGUACUAGAGAGGAGAGUGUCAAAACCCAGGAAGAUGGUGAAAACGGUGGCUUCUUGGUGCUGUGGGACGAGGAGUUUCAGAGUGUUUGUACUCUUUCUGGGUACAAGGACAAUGUGUUUCAUCCCUGGGAGGUUGCCUUUGCUGUCUUCUCCAAUGGUUUGAAUCAAGGGGCAAAGAACAGGGGAUCUCUUGUUGGUACAGCAGUCUUGAACCUUGCUGAAUUUGCUAGCGUGACUGAAAAGGAAGUUGAAACCGAUAUUCCUUUGGUACUUUCUGGCUGUACAUCUGAGCCUCGGCUCUCACUUCGUAUAUUGUUUAGCUUAUUGGAGCUGAGAGGUGCACAAGAUUCAGUAGAGUCAGCACAGAGGACAAGUUUUCCUGUUCAGUCUCCACUACAGUCUGGAGAUAGUCCCUUACCAGAGAAAGAUGAGCUUUCUGCUCUUAAAGCUGGUCUCAGAAAGGUCAAAAUUUUUACAGAGUACGUGUCCACCCGGAGAGCUAAAAAGGCUUGCCGUGAGGAAGAAGGAAGUGAAGGCAGGUGCUCGGCCAAGAGUGAGGAUGGCGAUUAUGCUUACCCAUUUGACACAGAUUCACUGGAAGAAUUUGAUGAAAGAGAAUCAGAUGAUGGCAAGGAAAACGCUACUGUUAGGAAGUCAUUUAGUUACGGAACAUUAGCUUAUGCUAACUUUGCAGGUGGGUCGUUUUACUCCAAUUCUAGGAGCAACAGUGUUGAUGAGGAUUGGGUUUACUAUAGCAACCGCAAAUCUGAUGUUGGCUGCCCACCUGUUGAUAAUCCAAUUACUUCUGUUUCUGAGGCAUCUGUCUUGCAGAAUACGAAACGUAGUAUAUUACCUUGGAAAAAGAGGAAGCUGAGCUUCAGAUCUCCUAAAACCAAAGGCGAGCCAUUGCUGAAGAAGGGAAAUGGAGAAGAAGGCGGAGAUGAUAUCGACUUUGAUCGCCGGCAGCUCAGCUCAGACGAAUCUUUCUCUUUCUGGUGGCGGAAGACAGAUGAAGACUCAAGUGCACAUCGCUCAUCUGUAUCUGAGUUUGGAGAUGACAAUUUUGCUGUUGGUAAUUGGGAACAGAAAGGAAUUAUGAGCCGAGAUGGACAUCUGAAGCUCCAUACCCAGGUGUUCUUUGCUUCUAUUGACCAGCGAAGUGAGCGGGCAGCUGGAGAGAGUGCAUGCACUGCCCUUGUUGCUGUAAUUGCUGAUUGGUUGCAAAAUAAUCGUGAUCAUAUGCCGAUUAAAUCACAGUUUGAUAGUUUAAUCAGGGAAGGAUCUCUAGAAUGGAGGAACCUUUGUGACAAUGAGAUUUACAGAGAGCGAUUUCCUGACAAGCACUUUGAUCUUGAGACUAUCCUACAUGCUAAAAUUGGUUCUCUUUCUGUAAUUCCUGGAAAGUCAUUUAUUGGAUUUUUUCAUCCAGAUGGGAUGGAUGAGGGAAGAUUUGAUUUUCUUCAUGGUGCCAUGUCAUUUGACAAUAUCUGGGAUGAAAUCAGCCGUGUUGCUUUAGAAUGUCCAGGUGACAGUGAACCUCAGGUCUACAUUGUCAGUUGGAAUGACCAUUUCUUUGUGCUUAAGGUUGAAGCUGAAGCUUACUACAUCAUCGACACCCUAGGAGAGAGACUCUAUGAAGGAUGUAACCAGGCUUACAUACUGAAGUUUGACAGGAACACAACCAUCUACAAGUUGCCAAAUACUGCUCAAUCAUCCCAAGAAAAAUCUGUUGGUGAUCUGCCAGUUGUUGCAGCAGCAGAACCAAAGAAUGCGGAUUCCCAGCAGGUAAGCUCAAAAGAAGGUUCGUCAGAAGAUUCUGAACCAAUGAAGAGUGAAGAGGAGGAAGAACUGGUCAUAUGUCGAGGCAAAGAGUCGUGCAAGGAGUACAUAAAGAGCUUCUUGGCUGCUAUUCCUAUUAGGGAACUGCAGGCAGAUAUCAAGAAAGGUUUGAUAAAAUCAACGCCCCUACAUCAUCGAUUACAGAUUGAAUUUCACUUCACUGACCUACAGUUACCAGCCCCUGUAAGUCCACCAGUAGAAGAAGUCGCUUCAAUUGUGCAACAAGUAAUUGAAGUUGCCUAAAAGACGUUUGCUGCAUAGUGACUUCAAUGUAAAUGCAUAGACAAGCAUGUUAGUCCUAACUUUGCCUUUUUCUUUUCCCUUAGUCUUGAGGUGAAUGGGUUAAAAGAGUGCCCAUUUGAUCUUUUUUUUUUGGUUGCGCUUGUAACUGAGUAUAGUAUGUUGCGAUGCUGUUUUCCAGCUGAUGCGUCCGGGUCGUUCUGGUCUCUCUGUAGUCUGUCUUUAAUCUUACCUUCUCUCAAAGGGAUACUUUUGUAAAUGACUUUGUUUAAUUUCGACUUUGUUUAAUUUCUGCAAGUGUUCUAUAA